AAUUAGUUGGACCACCAGUUACACUUAUAAAAUCAGCACGAGGACUACAUUUCGUCCGACUCAGAGCAAAUUGCACAGUUUGAGAAAUUUACUUUUUAUUUUUAUACAUAAAUGGAGCGCAUUUCCAACUCCGGUGAAAACUUUGAUAGUCCGGCUUCGCCAUCACCAUCUGAACUUGAACCUGACAGUUUACAAAUUUUACUACAAUCCUGGAAUGUUGAAAACAUGUACGAUCAUUUUAAAGGUCACAAUUGAAGUUCUGAAAAUCUUAAAACGUGACCAUUUGAAAGAAUUACUAAACAAAUUUAAACUCGGUGAUCGGGUUGUUUUCGAAUUUCAUUUUGAGAAUUGGAGGAAUGAAAUCGACAAACCUCUGGAUUUUCGCUCAUCACCACAUCGCUCGUGUCAUAAAUGCUCCUCAACCUUCUCUUCGAUUAAUUAAAAAUCUCCUAUAUGUUAUACAACCGAUUCUACCUCGCAAGAGUCUCAGGAUGUAAGAUUAAUAACGCUUGCGGUAAUUUUAAAUUCGGAUGCGAAAGCUUCCAGCAUUAAAGAAUUUUAUGUAUCUCACAAUAAACUUGACGAACCACAUCGCAACAUGCUUAUCAAUACCAUUGUCAACUAUUUCAUCAACAAAGACCUUCAUAUGUCCCUUCAAAGCAGCCACUGCUUAGAAAAAGAAAUUUUGGAAAUUUUUCCAAAUGAAAAACUAAGUUUCUACAGAACAGAAAAGAGGGGGAAAUUGUAUACGAAAUUUUGCAACACAAAAAAAACCUCAAAGGCCACAGUUUGGAUGCUAAAAAAAUUCGACCAACAUCUCCAGAGUUGGAAGAAAUGGCAGAAAUUGUUCCAGAAAUCGGCACGGAAGAAAUUGUCCAGCGGAUUAAGUACGAUAACCUCAGUGCGGAAGAAUUUUAUAGCACAUGGCAAGCCUGUGCGAAUUAUAGAGACAAUGUAAUCCAGCAAAAACUUCAGAACAUCCACCAAAUAUUUCGGGAAUGGCCAGAAUAUAAAAAAGCUGAUGGAUAUCGUCUGAUUGACCUUGAUUUCGGAAAAAUGUUCGCAAAUACCCGCAAUUUUCUUUGCUGCAAACAAGAAAUUUUACGGUUGUUCCUUCAUCUUAAGAAGCCAGGUAUUUUAAAAGACAGCUCAACAAAAUUUGUAAUAAAUUCAAUUUCGGAGCAACACUUGGAAAAAGAUGAAACUCAAUUUAUUUUUAAAACUUUGUGGUGCCUUCACGGAUAUCUCUAUCCUACGAGCAAAGUUUUUAGAAAAACCAACGCUGGCAAGAAAGAUACCUGCAGGUUUACGAUCGAAGAUUCUCAAGAAUCAUUUACGUUUGUGGGACAAACUCUACAAGAACUCGACAAUUAUAUUGAAUUUUUGAAGCAACGCGGUGAGAGCAUUCAGCCUCUAAUUUUAGUGUUAAGCGAAAAAUUUUUUUCAAAAUUCGACGAAUUUUUUUUAUAUUUGGAUGAUACCAAGAUGCGAUUUACAAACUUUUAUCGAUGCGUUGAUGUAUGCUUUAAAUCGUUUCACUUAUUUAAUGUUGAAUACCCUACAGCAAUUUCCAAUUUUUGGACAUUCAUUGAAGCAUAUUUUUAUAAUUUUUCUAAGUCGCGCGGGAAAACAACACCCAAAAUUAAUAUCUUGAUACAAGAGCUGGAAGAGUGAAGUGGUUAUUUAAUUUAUUUUACUGAUUUUUUUAAUCUAAUUUGAAUUUGCUACCUAGUCAAAAAAAAAGACUUAUUUAAAGUGUUCAUUUUCCUCAAUACUAUACAUACAGCUAUCCACAAUGAAAUAGGAGCAAAAUGUUAAGACAAGUCUCAGCUAAUUCUCUUAAUUUUGCCUUUUUCGUUAUUUAAAAAAGACUUUAUACAAUUCCACAAUAAAAACAGCUAAAAUCAAUUUA